UGGCACUUCAAAGAUGUAAUUCUAUUGGCAGCCGUGAACAAGGCCAUUCAGAAGAUCAUUGUGGUUUUGUAAACAAUCUUGAAAGUCAGGCGAUAAUGAAGUGUGAUUAAAAAUGAUUAUGGAUUCAAAGACUGUCAUAUAGUAUACGACGUGACAUAAAAUCAUUUAGUUGGUUGCCUGAUUCACAGAUAAUCUGAUGAUUCCAUUAAGCAACAACAUAAUUUAAUCAAGCCAAGGCGUAAAUCAUAUCAGCAAUUCAUAAGUAUAUAUUUGAUCGAUACAAUGUUUUUGGACUCCCAGCAAGCUAAAUUGUUUAUCAAAGUUGAUGGUGUGAUUGGUGAUCGUAGACGAAUUUGUAUUUUUUGUAACAACUCGAUUCAUGGAGCGGAGAAAAUUGUUGAGACGACACGAAAGUUGCGACGUGGACCGUAUUUUCCUCAGCUUGCUCAUCUACAGUCCUCUGUGGGUAAGAUUGACACAAUGGGUAGAGCAAUUGUAUGUUUGCCGUGUUUUCAUCAGCUUGUGAGGCAGUGGAAUUCAUAUGAAAUGAAAAAUAUACCCAUGUCAAGACGAAUAUAUAAACAUGUUGCAGGUAAGAGUGUGACUUUCUUAACUUCAGAUCUUCGCUUCGUUCUCGUAGAGAAGCUGUACUUGAGAAUAUAUUUCUGGUUAUGGUGAAUUAUAGUUUUUAUUCGAAUUUAAGUUUACUUACUUUUUCGUUGUAUUCUCAUGUUGAAAUUUUUAUGUCUUAGACCUAUCGGUUCAGGAAAUAAUUUUUCCUCUUGUGCAAGAAAUAUAGUCUGAGUUCGUUAUAAUCUUUAGCUUUGAUUCAGGUUUUCAAUCUAGAUCGUAACUGUUACAGUAAAUUUCAGUAAGAUAUGUAUUAUUCUGUAUAAUGUAUAUGUUUACAGUCUGCUUCGAAAAAUAAUUUACGGCCGGACUAUGGUUACCGUACCUUACAAUUUACAUGUAUACUUAACGUUCAAACUAUAACAUACAGUUGGAUUUAUUUGUAUUUGUAUUUAAUGAAUUUUGUCACAAAAUUAUAGCUACAACAGCGUGCCUGCUAAUUUCAGGGAGUUACUUUAACUCCCAGUAGAGCUCAGUAGGGUUGUUUUGAAUAGUUUAGCUCCAAAUGUGGAGUAAAAUUGGGUUCAAAAUAACUCCACUGGAGUUAAAUUACUCCCUGUAAUUAAUAGGACCCAAUGUCCCAAUUGAAAUCUACCUUCUGCUAUGUAUUUAUGAACCGUUGUAUCUCAGUUCCAAGAGAUCCUGCUAUGAAAUUUAAAAAGUCAAGAUUUGUACACAACAUGAAGUUAAUUGAAGAUAAAUAUUCCUACCAACUUUGACAGCCUUUGUUCAAUAUGUUUUAUGCCAUCUACGAAUUUUUAUUUUCAUUAAUGCAUUGUUACAUGCAGUAUUUUGCGUUCCUAAUCAUGGCAACGGCAAUGGUAAUACUAUAACAGGCUAUGGAAUCAGAAAACUAUAUACAUUACUUGGUUGAAAAAAUAUUUUACAUGUUUGGAAUUAUUGUUUAAGAACAAUUAGCGAAUAGUGCAUGGAUGAAUAUGCAGUCAAAGAGCACAACGUUUGCCGUUGAACUCGGAGUACACGUAAAGAAAUAGCUAUAGACUCGGUUUCUAUAACUAUUUAACAACUUCACCAGUUAUCGUGCAUAUCUAUUCUUUAAUCUUUAUAUUUGAAGAAAUAACCAAUCUAUAGAAAUAUAUAGAGAACAUGCUAGUAUAUUCAAUGACAAUGAACAAAUAUAAAGCUAGCUAUCAAUGUUACAUAUAAUUAUACAGCUUUGCCGCUAUACUUUGCAUAACAAUAACCUAUUAGGGCAUGUGGUGCCUUGGAAACACGUAAAGAAUCCUUGCCCAUGCAUUGUCAAAUCAGUCUAUUUAUAGUGAAUUUGAAUCUUUCUGAUAUUCAUCGCAAUGAAUUUUAAGUUAUCUUAAAAAUAGUGUAUUUGUCUUACGAAAGUUAUCUUCCGACUCCAUACAGUAGACUUGUAUAUUCCAAGAAGAUUUUCUGUUUGUUAGAUUUAUAGCUCUUUUGAGCUUGAAUUGGUAUACAACGAAUGCAUUAUUAACGUGUACAUUAUAAUAUAUAAUUUUUAUUAUUCUGUAAUAAAUAACUUAUUUGUUAUUGUACAGCCGUCCUAAUGAUAUCGUAUGGGAUUGAGAUUUUUGUGGUACAUGUAUACUCUAGAAUUAAAUUGCGCUUGUUUGUUGGUAUAGAUAAAGGGGUUUUAGUUAAAGGAAGCACUUGACCUCAUUCAUCAUUUUAACUUUGCAUAAGUGGAGAAACAUCGAAAACACUAAGAACGUUUAACAAUCGAUAACGUUCAUUAAAUUAAAGAGGGUUUGUUGAAAUUAUUUAUAUAAUCGUUCCAUGUAUUCGUUCCCUCACUCUUAAACUUUUUGUUUAGUUCUUGGUUGAAUGAGAAACAAUUCGAAUUUCGCUUGGCUCAAGCUUUGCUAAAGGCCCUGUCACACUAUUGCGUAUGAGAGAAACGUAUGAGAAGCGUAUGAAAAUUAAUGAAAUAAUUUUCAUAAUUUUCAUACGCACAAAAAUCCUUUGAAAUGCCAGCGUAUGAGUACCGUACAUGUGGCGUACCUCUAGCGUAUUCAGCGUGUGCCUAGAGUAUGCUUAUCGUAAAAGGCAUACGUCCGAUACGCACAAAAUUUUUGAACAUGCUUAAAAAAAGUUUUCUGGCUCGCCGUAUGCCAGCGUAUGUCACCGUAUAUGCGACCGUGCUUGAAACGUAUACAACCUACGCCUAACGUACCCCUAGCGUAUGUCAGCGUAUACCGGCGUAUGAGUGAUAUUUUUCAUACGCUGGCAUACGCUAGUAUGAUACGCAAAGUGUGACAGGGCCUUAAGGUUGAGUUGCAUGUAGCGACACUGACUACAUGGGGUCGUAAUUCGUAAGUUAAUUGAACUGGCACCAUUAACGACAAUAAAAUAUAAUUAAAAAGAAUCGGAAGAAAAUAUCAUCGUGGUGAGAGUGCAAUAUACGAAUUAUUAUUAUUAUACGUGUUUUACAGACUGUACAGUAAGUCAUGAUGCACGAAGUUAUCAUUCUUCCUGAUGACAACGCUGAAAUAAAAACUCCUGAUGACACGCGUCUUUUAAUUAACUGUUUAAUUCAUAUAUGAAUAUUGAAUUUCAGAAUGGCAUUUCAUCAAAAUUUGUUUCUUUCUAUAAUUUUUCAAAUGGUCGUCUGGCCAUUAUAUAUGAAACCUUUAUUUGAUAUAGGGUAUAUUAAUAAUGCCCUGAUUAAACCGUUCAGAUUAUUUUCUUCACAUUUUCUGUUAUACUUCUAGACAAAGGCGUCAAAAAUUACCAAGAAACGAGAGCUAAAGAAAUUGGAGCUGAGGCAGAGAAAAGAGCGUUUGCCAUUCAAACUAACCAAGAGCAUAUUGUGAAAACAGCUUUUGACAGACUUACAAAACGCCUGGACGUACAAGAGGAAAUUAUACGGCAAAGUGAAGAAUGCAUAGAGAAGUUGAAACUUAAACUUGCUCUCUGCACGAAAGGCGAGCAGUGGAAAAUAGAUCGUGAAAUAAGAAAGCAGCAAAAGAUUAUUGCUGCAACCGAGGCACGAAUUGAAGACGAAGAAGAUAAAGAGGAAUUAAUACGAAGAGAAACAAAAUCAUUGCUUGAAGUUUAUAAACAGAACCAGUCGUUAUUUCGAGCAGUUUCUGAACCAAAUCUCUUUCAAAGCAAUCUUGAACAUACUGCAAAGGAAAAACCCAUUGUAAUUGAGGGCUGCACUGACCGUGUUUCUGAACAGCAAGUAGAGAGCUCGCAGCAGAGUGGAGUUGAUAGCAGUGCGAACAUGAAUAGAAAUCAGCAUUUUAGAGAGUAUGAAUACAAUUAUGUUGACAACGGUGGUUACACAGUUGUUAAAGCAAUGAGAAUAUCACAAAGCGAAGAUGAAACUGACAGCUAUCGUCCCAAAGCCCAUGUUCAAAAUGAUGGGAGAGAUGUCUGGAACGCACUGGAGCUUUCGAGAGAGUAUGUGCAAAAAGAGCCAGUGCGCGAUAAUUCAGAUUGGCAUAUGACAAAAGAAAUUAUUCAUCCGGCUCGAUCAAUCGAAGUGCAGUCAUUUCCAGAAGACGAAUGGUCAAAGUUGUUUGAUAAAGAGCAAAAUGACUACGAAAAUCAAUAUGAGUCUGGGAACACAGUGCGUAGCUCAGUGACUUGGAGUCCACAAAGAAACAAAUCGCCUGAUGGUACGGAAUGGAGACAAAUUAAAGGCGACUUUGUUGAAAGGUAAUAUUGUAUGAUUCUGUCAGUUAGCUACUUCGAAUUACCUCUACUUACUGUCGAAACAAAUACGGAACGCCUCAAAUGGAAGUUCUACACGUGAGAUGUCCUCUGAAAAGAGGAUAAGUAUAUGAAUAUAUAAAUGACGUAUAGUUAAUAAGCUUUUGUGAAUUAGAUGAGUAAACUAAAUAAAUUCUUAUAAGCUUAGAGAGACAUUGUUGUGGGUUGUUUGCUCUCAUUCCCUUGAUCGAAGUAAGCUAGACAAGACAAGCAAUAUUGCAAGAAACUGACAACAAUUUUCGCCCCAAAAUUAAACAAAUUACAGUUGAGUAGCAUAUUACAUGAAGAAACGAGGCUGAAUUAUUUUUGUUUUGUUUUUAGAGAGGAGCAACAAUGGGACGAAACAGUAAACACAGAUGAUAGUGAUGAUGAAAAAGAACAGGUAUAUGGUUACAAAUUAUACAAACAUGUGUACGAUUUAAAUACAUCAAUUUUUUAGACAGG